GUCAGUGUUGGCGGUGGUGGGAGGCAGCAGGCGACGCGGCAGCAGUUGUUCCCUGGCCACGGUGGGAGAAACACUGUGUUUUCUCCUGCUCUCUCGCGUUCGGCUGACUCACUCACACUACUACUGACACACUUAUACAACUCUCCGAGCUUUCUGCUGACUUACACAUUGUCUCUCCACCACCAAUGUUAUGUCGCAGCGGUUACUUGCCAAGACUCCGCUCAGUGAGAACUACUAAGUAAAUACCCUGGAUACAAUACUGAGGUGACAAGCCAAUUAUUAAGUUGGACACCAGUCUUGAAACUUACAGGGCAUGUGUAUGGAAAGCUGUUGUGUGAAGUAGUGACGCUGCUCAGAGGAAACACGGUUAUUAUUGGCUACAAGAUAUAGUGACCAAUAACCUAGUUAGGGAAGAUAAGAGAGAUUUAGUGACUGAGUGGAACUGCCCGUGUGACUGUGACAAGAAGUUAAGACACUACUAAGGAGUUACGCUUCCCCCGACGGACGGACCGACGAACGGACGGACGGACGGACGGAAGCACCCUACCCGGCACUCUCCCAGGCCGGAACCAUAUGAUGACAACGGCUCUACAACCCUAAGUCACUCACCGCUACAAAUAAAGAUGCAGUCGGCGUGUGUCUUGGUGCUGGUGAUGCUGGUGACGGCGGCGCAGGCGGAGGAAGUGUCGGCAGAGUCCGUCAUGGAGAAACCUGCACCUCUUGAAGAAGAGGAGACAGUAGGAGGUGCGAAUACUACUCCAGAUGGUAGAACGUCUCGCCAGUUGGAGGUGUCGGGGAGACAGGGCGUGUCUGGCGGUGGUGGUGGUAACAUGAUCUCCAUGACCUUGAAUGCUUUAAAUCCCGUCCCAUACCUACUGGGGGGACUACACGGUGUGCGGCAGGUUAUGCAGCAGAGGCUUCAGCCCUUACAAGGCAUGAUCAUGGGUAAUGUUAACAGACCACCCAGAUACAGAGGCAGCCAUCCUUUCUUUGCCAACAAUGGUGGUGGUGGAAGGCAUGCUGGUGGUGCUGUUAGUGGUGGAAAAGGUGGUGGUGGAAAGCAUGUUGGUGGUGGUGUUAGUGGUGGAAAAGGUGUUGGUGGUGGAAGGCAUGCUGGUGGUGGUGUUAAAGGUGGAAAUGGUGGUGGAAGACUCCCUGGGGGUACCCAGAAGCCACUACCCUCUGAUGACUCUACUACUGAUUCCUUCAAGACUGUAUUUGGGUCUACGAGAAGACCUCACCCUGACCAGCUCUCCACUAACUCACAGAACCAUGACUUUGGUACACCUAAGUCUACUUCCAUCGUCAGUACUGAAAGACCACAUUUUCUCCCUAACUCUCAAUCUAUUUCUUUAGGACCUCCGGAGAAAUCAUUGCCAGACCCGGACUUAUCUUCUUCCUCUCUAGAUGAUCCCGACUCACUAGAACCCGAAAAAAAAUUCACACGAAUCAUCAACAUCCAGGUACCUGAGGAAAUGCAUAACUUGACAAUUCUGGAAAUUAGCAUGAAGGCCAAUGGGGACAUUAGCAUUGGUGGAUCAAACCCAGAGAGUCCUCCAGAGUCUAAGGAAUCCUCUUCUUCCAUCUUUUCUUCCUCUACUGGAGACUCACUUAACGACUACUACCCUGAAUACCCGCCCUUUCCCCUGGGUGUGGGCGACAUCUUCACCGAGGACCAACGAUUACAUUCUUUCAAUCCUGAGACUCACUUCCAGGAUCCUGGCUUUCAAACUAGCUUCCAGGAUCCUGGCUUUCAAACAAGCUUCCAGGAUCCUGGCUUUCAAACUAACUUCCAGGAUCCUGGCUUUCAAACUAACUUCCAGGAUCCUGGCUUUCAAACUAACUUACAGGAUCCUGGCUUUCAAACUAACUUCCAGGAUCAUGGCUUUCAAACUAACUUCCAGAAUCAUGGCUUUCAAACUAACUUCCAGGAACCUGGCAUUCAAACUAACUUCCAGGAUCCUGAAUUGCAAACUAACUUACAGAAUUCUGGCUUUCAAACAAACCCAAUGAGCUUCACCUUUGACGACCCACUCUCAACUAGAACUAUCGGCGCCAGCUCAAUACAGGACAUUCUUCGCAUGCAGUCUAUGGGAAAUACUAACAAAGCAUUUGGGUAUGAUUUGCCAGUCGAAUGGAAUGCAAGAAAUAAUGUCAAUCCCAGUAUGCUAACCGCUAAUAGAUUUAAGAACAAUGAACGAAGGCCUGUUCAGCUUCCACAGUCAUUUUUGAGAAAUCGACCAGUGCCACAAGUAUCACCAAACUUUAAUCCCAAGAAACAAAACUCAAAUAACAUUUAUUUUGUUCCCGUUAAUGUUGCUUCGCCCCGACCAAAAUCCUUUCCAUCAGUUCAGAGUAGACCAACGAUGAUGGCCAGUCAGCAGCAACGUAGUCACCCUAACAGCGGGGCUACACCAGUGUAUUAUAUUGAUAUUACUAUUCCAGGCGAUCGAGGGGGAGUUCCCACUGUCAACACCAAGCGCUUCUCAAGACAUAAGAGGAGUCUACAGUUUGAUGGAUGGUUUCCAAUGGACGUCAGCAAUCCCAUGGCAGAUGAUCCUACGGUGGGCUACCAACCUCCUCCACUCGAGAGGGUUCACUUUAGCAGUGAACCCAUGACGAAGAAACCAAUGUAUCCGGUGAGGCCUGAAAAUCCGACUGUGUUUGUAGUAAGGGCGGAGCCACAACAGACUGAGUAUCACUCCGUCUACGGUACCGAGAACAUUGAGUACUUCCACAUUCAUCCACAGACCAACACAGUCAGGGCUUUCCGCGCGCCCUCCCAGAAGGUCGGAGCCAUCCGUUUUGUUCCCGCGCCACAAUUCGGAGACACUCAGUCAAGCUCCAGCUCCAGACCAUACACCGACCCCACUGACGAUCCCUCCGAAAGACCAGGAAAUAACGCCUAUCUGACUAGAGAGUUCACUUAUGGGAAUAUUCCCGCUAAGGAGCCAGGGUUUGCGGAUAAGGUGGACGUUUUACGCGAUUACGGCAGCCCUGUCACCGGGAACAUUCGCUUUCCCGAGGAGUCUUCACACCUGGACACAACUGACGACUACGAUAUGGAAGGAGCCUUCUCUGAGAUCCAUACAACCACUGUAAGACGACCCACUUACGUCUUUCCCUUCAGUCGCCGGGAUCGUGUUCCUGAGUCUAGUACACAAGACAGUGAUCACACCCACCGCCACAGACCCGAUCUGCCCAACAGGCGCCGCGACCACAUAAGAGACGAAGAGGCUCAGUCCAUCAGGCCGGCUCUGCAUGAGCUGCUCGGCAACCUCCCCCAGGAGUCUCAGGUCGAGGAGGCACCCUACCUUGGGUCAGCCACAGAUUCUGCUGGAGCAUCUUUCGUUCGCAAAAUUCCUCCGCCUAACUUCCGCUACUCCUCUCGAGGCAAGCAAACCCAGUCAUUGUCAAACAGCGGACGUUCAAGACCGAGAGAAACUCCAGACAGAGUGGCUGAUGCCCCGCCAUUCACACGUCCCUGGUUCCUUAUAGACACAAGAUCAGACGCAUCAGACAGGAGACGUGAACCUUCUAUUGCUUCUUACAUCCACCCUGAAGCUCAUCCAGAUGAAGAAAAUAUUCGCUACAAGCCUCUCGGACCCGUCUCAUAUAUAUCUAAAGAACAAGAGAGCGAUCACAUCCACAACCCACACCUCGAUGAACACAUGAACUCCUACAAGCCCACCAUCACCGCUAACAGUCUCUCGGAACUCCUUCAGAUAUUCCGUUUCACUCAAGUCACGGACGGACCAAACGGAGAAGAGGUCACGGAUGAGCCGGUCACUAUCCUUCGAGAGUUCCGGUACACACGACCCACAGAGGAGCCGCCCACCACCGUCCCCCCGCCUGCAGCCACCACAACUAACAAGACCCUCGUCCCCAGCAGCUACAGGUAUACCUCACUACCCUCCGAUGAUCUUAUGACAGAAGCAGAAGUGACGGAAAACACAGAAAAGGUCGAAAAUCCUGCGAAUUCCGAGACACUCGCAAAUCCCGGGGAACCAACGAAUCCUGGGAAGCCCACGAAUCCCGAGAAGCCCACGAAUCCCGGGGGUCCAACGAAUCCCGGGGAUCCAACGAAUCCCGGGGAGCCCACGAAUCCCGGGGAUCCAACGAAUCCCGGGGAGCCCACGAAUCCCGAGAAGUCCACGAAUCCCGGGGAUCCAACGAAUCCCGAGAAGUCCACGAAUCCCGGGGAGCCCACGAAUCCCGGGGAUCCAACGAAUCCCGAGAAGCCCACGAAUCCCGGGGGUCCAACGAAUCCCGGGGAUCCAACGAAUCCCGGGGAUCCAACAAAUCCCGGGGAUCUAACGAAUCCCGGGGAUCCAACGAAUUCCGGGGAUCCAACGAAUUCCGAGAAAUCCACGAAUCCCGGGGAUCCAACGAAUCCCGGGGAUCCAACAAAUCCCGGGGAUCCAACAAAUCCCGGGGAUCCAACGAAUCCCGAGAAGUCCACGAAUCCUGAGCCCACGAAUCCGGGGGAGCCCACGAAUCCCGAGAAGCCCACAAAUCCUGGAAACCCCGAGAAGCCCCAGGGUGGGUUCUUUGACGCCGUGGCUGACACAAAUUCCUUAGACGGAUAUCUGUUCUCAGACUCCGAGGCCAGUCCAGAAUACGCCCACCCACAGGUCCGCCCAAACGUGGUGAUCAUUGAGGGGAAGGACGAGGACACAGGGAAGGGAGCCGACGCUAAAGAGACCCCGAUGAUCCACGUCCGUCCCAGCGACAUCGCCAGCAUCCUCCGCGAGAGCUCCAUCACUCCAGAGACUUUUGAAGGUCUGGAGAUCAUCUACCCACAACCGACCUCUAAAGGCACCACUGAAGCCUCGUGGCCACUCUACAUCAUUCAUCAAGGUCACUCCAAGGUCAAGGUCUUUGGGAUAAACUCAGCUGAGGAUAAAAGGCUGAGCAACUCUGAAUUCAGAGACUUUUUUCUAAUGUCAACCAUUGAGCCUGUAAGUAGUAGUCCUAUUUCUAAACCUAUCAAUGAAACUACUGCUACUCCUCUCACAACAGUAUCUCCCUCUACCACGAUUCCUUCCACCAUUUCCCUUUCCACCACAACUUCCAGCACAUCCACAACAGUUAUUACCACUAGUCCUUCAACCACUGAGCCCACAUCACCCUUACCAGUAGAGCACUACACCACGACCGACGCACCCAGCACCGUUACCGACGCACCCAGUACUAUGACUAACUCACCCAGCACCACGACCGACGCACCCAACACCGAUACCGACGCACCCAGUACUAUGACUAACUCACCCACCACCACCACCGACGCACCCAACACCGUAACCGAUGCACCCAGCACCCCUCCUGUAACUGACCCAGAUCUUACCUCCAUGAAUGAAACAACGGCACCUAACGAGCAUGAGUACUAUUACACUGAUGAGGAGUACUAUAUCCCCGACCUGGCCUUCGGCGACGACUACCAACCAGAGGGCUGGGUGAGGCCCUCACUCCUAUUGCCAAGUCCACCUCUUCCUCAGUCUGCUCCCUCCUCACUAUCCUCACCAACUAACCAUGAGGAGGUGCUAGACUCGUUACCGAGCACUUCGUCUUUCUCACACGUCUUUCUGGAUCGCCUGCCACAAGUGGAGACCCGUCUGCCGGAGGCCGAUACCGUCGUGUCUUUGUCUCCUGGUCUCACACGGGACAAACUGUCGGUUGCGAGGCCCGUGUUAUUCACCAAACGACCAGCGGGCGCCACAGCAAAGAAUGAGGCCCAGCUCUCACAGCCCUUCGAGUACCUAUCACAGCUGCGCCAACUGCAGACAGACGAACAACAGCCACCACCCGCCCCGGAGGUGGUGGAGAAGCCCAUCCCGCAGCCCAGGAUGAAGAGAUUCACGAGAGCGUGACUGCCAUCACCAGUCAUAUCAUUAACACACUACUACUAACACUGACACACACACACACACACAUGAUAAUUAUUUAUAUAUCUCCCCUGAUGCUAAGUAUUAACCACAUACAACUUCCAAAGAUAAAUUAAAUAUUUGCUUCAAUAUUUUCUAUCUAUCUGUAAGAACCAGACGACGUCGUUAUUAACAAGGGUUGGUCUACGCUGUCACAACAAAUCCACCAAAACUGUAGCGUUGAGGUUAUGUUUUACUUCAUCUUGUGGAACUGUUGGCCUGGCAGCUAGAGGCACCAGCUGGACUAUAUACUGUAGCUACUGUACAAUGACAGAUGGAGAGCUGCUGGUACACACGCCUCCUACACCACAUAGUUCUCCCUCACGUCCUCCCACAACACUACUGUACUAUCACAGGAGUUUCUGCACACUUCAUGGCAUCAACCAGGAGAGUACCAUAACACCCGUGACGUCACCACAUAUACAUGACGCUGGUACAAGUCACGAUAACAACUAUAACGUCACCACAUGAGAGACUCAACUGGUCAUACCGGUUCGUCAAAAUUCUGAUAUUACCGGUAGUUUGCAUGUUGUGUGGAUAUCGGUAAGACUGGCCCGGUAGCGCAGGGGAGGGGGCGAUAGGGGGUGCAGGGAGGUGGGGAUGACAACAAACAAAUCACCAAAUCUGAGUCAGUUCAAGCACCGAUCUGGGGAAUAUUUCGACUAACUCACUAUACCAGGACGAUACAAGGUCAAUAUUCUCAAAGGUUCGUAAUGAGUUUAAUAUACCCCCGUAACUCAACCCCUUAGACCGCACAUAACUAUUUAUCUUAAGUUAAAAGUACAAGAAUAACGUCAAAUAUAUUGGAACAAAAUUUCACCGAGUUUGCCUCAUAUAAAUACGUUCUCUUAGCACCAGUUGGAGGACAAAACUAACGUAGAAAAUCUUUAGACAAAUCCUGUAUCUUUAUUUUGUCCGGUGCUUAUUAAUCGAGAUAGGUUUUAACCCUUUCACAGCGGGAGGUUACCCUAAGCUGAAUAAAUAUCGUCUGGCGGUAGCCAGAAUAAAAUGGCAAAUACGUGACACGCGGUUAAAGGGUUAAAUGUCCCCAGUUUUAGGUGGAGUCUCAGUGUAAUUUUGUCCGAUGUCUAAUAAAUGACUAUAGUUUAGGUAGAGUCCCAGUGUAAUCUCGAGGUUAAUUAUAAAACGUUAUGUUUAUGCUUUAACUCAACUCGACCAGUUAAGUAGUACAUUCUCCCGUGUUCAGUUACAAGGAAGAGCCUAACCAUACGAGGCGACGAGUAUACUGUAUAUCAGUAUGAGCGAGGCUCUGUACCGCCAACCACACAACAUUAAUGACGACUACCAUUUAUGUAUUGAUGACUAUAUAUAAAUAGCUACAUCGUUUUUAAGAGGCUUAAAGUAUAA